GCUGGGGCGGAUCGGGAUCCCCUUUCCAAACGAUUUUCCUCCCUGAUUAUCCGGGUUUAAUCAGGCGAAUUCUCCCCGGCCCCGGGCUCCAGGGGGAGCGGGGGGCUCGGGUUCCAGGGGAAAAAAAACUCAAUCAAAAUGCGUUAAAAUCUAAAUUUAAAUUUUUUGAAAUCCAAGGAUAGGCGUGGGAGCUUCCAGCCCUUUUUGCGCGGAGCUGGGACCAUCAGAGCCCGCGGAAAUCCUUUGGCGAUCAGCGGAAAUUUGGGGAUUUUUCCCCAUUUCCACGAGGUGGGAGCGGGCGGAGCAGCCCCUGCUCCUCGCCGGGCUGCGCACCCCAGGAAUCCGGCUCGGACCCAGGUUUUGGACCCAACCAGGAGGAUUUUGCCCGCUCUCCAUCCUCAUCCUCGCGCGGGCAGGACGGGCGGCGGCGGCUCCGGGCGCUCCAUGGACGCGCUCGGGGACUCGGGGCGCUGCCCCAUCUGCCGGGAAUUCUUCCGCGACCCCGUGUCCAUCCACUGCGGCCACCACUUCUGCCGGCCGUGCAUCGAGCGCCGCUGGGAGUGGCCCACGGCCCGCUUCGCCUGCCCGCGCUGCCGGGACGCGGCGCCGGCGCGGAGCCUCCGCCCCAGCCCGGAGCUGGCGCGGCUGCUGGAGCUCGCCCGGCGGCUGAGCCGCGGGGAAGCGCUGGGAGACGCCGAGGAGGAGGAUGAGGAAGGGUGCCAGAAGCACCGGGAGCCGCUGGAGGCUUUCUGCGAGGAGGACGGGGCGCUGCUGUGCGCGAUCUGCCGCGAGUCGCGGGCGCACCGGGCGCACGCGGUGCUGCCGCUGCCCGAGGCCGUGCGGGAGCGCAAGGAGCAAAUCCAGGCCGGGCUGCGAGCCCUGAAGGACGGCAGGGACAAACUCCUGGAGCUCCGCGAGGCCGAGACGAGGAGGGGCUGCGAGUGUUUGGAGAGGACCGAGGCGGAGCGGCAGCGGAUCCUGGCGCAGUUCCAGGAGCUGCGCCUCUCCCUGGAGGAGCUCUGCCGGCACCUCCUGGCCCGCCUGGGGCGCCUGGAGAGCGGCGUGGGGCGGGCGCAGGAGGAGAGCCUGGCCGGGCUGAGCCGGGACAUCUCCCGGCUGGAGAGCCGCGCCCGGGAGCUGGAGGAGAGGUGCCAGCAGCCGGCCAGGACCUUCCUGCAGGACAUCGGCAGCGCCUUGCGCAGCCUCGCGGAGGAAAACGUCCAGGUGCCCCCGUCGCCUCUGCUGGAGAUGGAGGAGAAAAUUCGUCACUUCAGGGAGGAAAAUAUUCUCCUGGGGGAGACGCUGAGGGGCGUCCAAGACAUCCUGGCCUUCGAGCUGCCGGAGAAAACACGGCCCACCCCCAGCUGCUGGUGGCCCCCGACGGCAGCAGCGUCAGCUGGGAACGAGCCCGGAACCUUCCGGAGCCCGAGGCGGAGCCCGGCGCCGAGCCCUCGGUGCUGGGCCUCGAGGCCGUCACGGCCGGGCGGCGCUGCUGGGACGCGCGCGUGUCCCCCGAGGGGUCCUGGGCGCUGGGGGUGGCCAGGGAGCCCCCCGGGAGGGAGCUGUGGUCGGUGGGGCUGUGCCGGGGCCGCCUCUGGGCUCUGUCCCCCCGCGAGCGCGCCCCGCUUUCGGCCGGCCGCGCUCCCGGCGCGGUGCGGGUGGCGCUGGACUACGAGAGCGGCCGCGUGGCCUUCUUCGACGCCGAGCGCAGGAGCCUCAUCUUCGCCUUCGCCGCCGCCUCCUUCGGCGGGCAGGGGGUGCGGCCGUGGUUCCUGGUGUGGGGAGAGGGCUCCCGCAUCGCGCUGUGCCCCUGAGCUCCCCAAAUCCCAGAACCCCGAGUUUGCGUCGCCAUUCCCGGCGCCAUCCGCGCCUCUCCCCGCUCCCAGCCGCGCUGAGCGUCGCUGUCCCCCCAAAUCUGGCGGGUCCCGCCCCGUCCUGCACCACCCCAACCCCGUUCCUCUCCGCUCCCCCUGGAUGAAUCCUCCACACCACCGAGUCCCGCGGGCAGCCGAACCCCACCGGAAGCCGCGCGCCCCCCACUUCCGGCGUUGCCCGGCAACCGCCGCCGCUUCCCCUCACGCCGCGCCGCGGGGGCGUGGCCCGCGCCGGAAGGCGGAAGUGCCGCGGCGUUUCCCGUCUGUGGCGGAGCCGUCGCCGGGCGAGCGCGGCCGGGGGGAGGCCCGGGAGAGACGCGAGAGGCACCGGGGGAGCGCCGGGCGGGCGGCGAGAGGCUCCUGCGGCACUCGCGGCCUAGCGAGGCCUAGCCCGGCCCGGCCCGGCGCGGGGAGGCUCCGCCGGCGCCUGGCCGGGCCCGGCGCGGGGAGAAGAGGGAGGAGGAGGAGGAGGAAGGCCAUGGCGGCGCUGGGCGGCCCCGGGCCGCGGCCGGACCCGGUGGAGACGCUGCAGGAGGAGGCGAUCUGCGCCAUCUGCCUCGACUACUUCGCCGACCCCGUGUCCAUCGGCUGCGGGCACAACUUCUGCCGCGGCUGCAUCUCCCGCCUGUGGGCCCGCGGCGCCGCCCAGCCCGUCCCCGGAGCCUCCGCCCGCGGGCCCGAGCUGGACGAGGACGAGGAGGAGGAGGAGGAGGAGGAAGACGAGGACGAGCUGGAGGAGGACGAGCUGGACGUGGAGCAGGAGGAGGAGGAGGAGGAGGAAGGCGAGCUGCGAGGACGAGCCGCCGAGGAGGAGGAGGAGGAGGAGGAGGAAGAGGAGGAGGAAGAGCCCGCGGCGUGGGCGGGCGGCGCGGCGCAGGGCGGCCGGCUCUACUUCGACGACGAGGACGUGAUGGAGGAGGACGUGGAGGAGGAGGAAGAGGAGGAGGAGGAGGAGGAGGAAGGGCAGCGCGGCGUGUUCACGUGCCCGCAGUGCCGCAAGUCCUUCCUGCAGCGCUCCUUCCGCCCCAACCUGCAGCUGGCCAACAUGGUGCAGAUCAUCCGGCAGCUGCACCCGCGGCCCCCGCGCAGCCCCGGCACCCCCCCCGGCCCCCGCGGCGCGCCCGGGGGGCCCCCCGAGCUCUGCGAGCGGCACCAGGAGCCGCUGAAGCUCUUCUGCGAGGUGGACGAGGCCGCCAUCUGCGUGGUGUGCCGCGAGGCGCGCGCCCACCGCCACCACAGCGUGGUGCCGCUCGACGAGAACAAGCUGCAGAGCCACCUGGAGCCCCUGAGGAAGCAGCUGGAGGCGCUGCUGAAGCAGAAGUGCAGCGAGGAGGAGAAAAUCUCCGUGCUCAGGGAGCAGAUGCAGGCGGAGAUGCAGGAGCUGGAGGCGGAUUUCGAGGUGCUGCACCGCUUCCUGGCGGGGGAGCAGGUGCUGCUGCUGCGGCAGCUGCAGGAGCGGCACGAGGCGCUGCUGGCGCGGCAGCGCCGCAACCUCGGCGCCCUGGAGGAGCGGGAAAUGGGUUAG